AUGCCUGUAGCAAGCAAAAUCCUUGAAGCCUACCGGGAAAUUUCUUCUUCAGGGCUUCGUCCGUUAACUCAAGAGAUACAAUCCAUUAUUGCGGAAGCAGACAAGCCCAAGAAAGGGGGUCAAAAAGCCACACCUCCUGUUUCUGUCAACGCAUUUGAUGCGGGGGCAGGUGCAUCAGGUUUCACAUCUACUCAUAUCUCACCACCUAUUUCCCCACUUCGCCAAAACGACCCAGAUAUGAUUUAUGGGGAUGAUGAAGACGACUUUGAGGGAUUCACCUACAGUUUAUUCACCAUCAGGACUGAAAGUGAUGACGAAGCUCUAGUCAUGAGGGGGAAACUUAUGGCAAUACAUGAAAAACUUGACUCGUUGAUUCAAGCUUCAAAUCCUUCAUCAACUGAUGAAUAUUCUCAAGCUACGGUCAAGUCCCUUCUCGAGACUCUCACCAAGGAACACUCAACAAAUCUAGAGAAGAUGAACAAGGGAGUGGAUGACACUGCCACUGUCUGCAACAAUACGACUGAAAAAGUCGAUAAAGUAAUUUUUGAUGCCACAGCAUUCAUGAAUAACUUCCAAACAUCCUUUGAGUCGAACACAGCUAAAGCCAACGAAGCAAUCUCUAAUCUUGGCUCCUCUCUUAAAGCUGAAAGGGAAAAAUUUCAAGAAGUUCGUACUGGAAUUAAAAAUGAUCAUGAUGAGUUCAAAUCCUCCAUCUCCUCACAGAUUUCCAAGCUUCGGGAUGACCUUGCAAUGGAGAGUAAGAUAAUGGACUCCCUCACUAUCAAGAAUGAAAAAGUCAAAGUUCUAUUUGUCAAACUAGAACAGGCUGAGAAACAAGUCAAGGAUUUGUUAUCUAAGAGGGCAGUAAUGAAAAUCUGUAGCACAGACGUUACUGGCUUACUCUCAGAUAUCAUUGAGACUAGGGGCUCAAUGAUCACUAUUACAAUUAGAAAACAUCUAGUUGAAAAGCUCAGGCUCGUCUUCGUCAUGCUUCAUCAUUUAGAGGGUGUUCCGAAAUCAAGCAGCAUUUUGAAACAAGGGAAGAUUAACCAAAGAAGACUUUAG